ACUGGUGUGCGGACACAGGGGGAGCCAUCGGUACAGUACAAAGCAAAAAAAAAAAAAAUCAGCAGCCCGAAUUAAAGCGAAACGGAAAGGCAAUUCGACGGCAUUUUAUGGUUGAAAGCUUGUUAUUUUACCGUCUGUUUUUUUAUUAAAUCAGCGACCAUGGCUUGUGGUGCGACGUUGAAACGAUCUAUGGAGUUUGAGGCCCUUCUCAGCCCGCAGUCCCCUAAGCGGAGAAGGUGCAAUCCUCUACCGGGAACUCCGACUACUCCUUCCCCGCAGAGGUGCAGCCUUCGCCCGCCAACAGAGAACCCGACACACUCGAUGUCGCCCCAGUCCAUGGGAGGAGAACAAAGGCUAACCCCAGAGCAGAUCUUCCAGAACAUUCGUCAGGAGUACAGCCGGUAUCAGAGGCGACGACAGUUGGAAGGAGCCUUCAACCAGACUGAGCCCUGCAGCUCCAAUGAUGUCCAGAGCUCCAGCCCUGCCCUUACCUCACCCAGCUCCCCCACAGGUUCCUCAUCAUUGAAGAAGGAUCAGCCAUUGUUCACACUGAGGCAGGUUGGCUAUUUGUGUGAGCGCCUUAUCAAAGAUCAUGAGGAGAAGAUCCGUGAAGAGUACGAACAGAUACUGAACACAAAGCUUGCAGAACAAUACGAGUCCUUUGUGAAAUUCACACAGGACCAGAUUAUGCGAAGAUAUGGCGCCAGGCCUGCAAGCUAUGUGUCUUGAAGAACAUUAUAUAUGGUAUUAGCCACCUCUCAGCAACUGGUUGCUAUAGAACCAACUCCCUUCAUUUCACUUGAAAUGACCUUUUACUUUUUUCCUUUUUAAAAAAAUGCUUUGGGUGCCAUGGUCUAUCCACAUUUAACUCAUUUCUAUUGCUGAACUGUUACUGAUGGCCCAACACCAAACGUGCAUAUCUAGAUGCAUUCUAAGAAAGUUAAAGCUCUCUGAAAAUUUUUGGGAAAAGGUGUCAAACUAUUGCUGUAAAAAGCUUGGCUGAUGUGAUCAUCUCUGUAUAAUGUAAUGUGACUGACCCGCCGCAGAUAAACAAGACUCUUCCUUCUUUCUUCAGUCUUUUUUUUUUUUUUUAACUCUCCAUAAACAUGACAUUUUUUUCCUUUUUUUGACAAAUAAAAAAAUCUGUGA